AUCGAUUGCUGGGAAAGUAAAGGGGAAACUCCUUCUUCUCCUUCUUCUCCUCCUCAGGUUUCUGGGUAGGAAAUCGAUUGGAGGUAAGCGUUUGGAUUUGAGGUUCGAUUACCUAGGGUUUGGGAGUUUUCAAUCGGAGUUUUUUAUUUCUUCGUCUGGAUGUCGAAAGCAAGGGUUUGGAGUUAGCUUCAUGUGAUUGCCGCGCAUAACGGCUGUUUUUGGUACUCGGAAGCUUAGUUUAGAGCAUAGAUGGUGUAGAACAACACAACCUUCAACGCGACUCAAGACCUCCGGAAGCAAAACUCUGCCAUUUUUUUUAUCUCCCAGGUUCUUGCUCUUGUUCAGAGUUUGGUCGGGCUUCUUACCACGUAACACGGGUUCGGAAAGAUGCUCGAGGGUCCGAAGUUCAAUGUGCAUCACAACAACGACAACAAUUACUAUGCCUUCACUCAAGAGUUUUAUCAGAAGCUUGGCGAGGGUACAAACAUGUCCAUCGACAGUCUACAGACAAGCAAUGCCGGAGGAUCUGUUUCGAUGUCUGUUGAUAACAGUAGUGUCGGUUCCAGCGAUUCUCUGAUUGGUCACCCGGGUCUGAAGCCCAUGCGCCAUGUGUACUCCUUGUCUGUUGGGCAAAGCGUGUUUCGUCCAGGAAAAGUUACCCAUGCACUCAAUGACGACGCCUUAGCACAAGCUUUGAUGGACAGCCGGUAUCCAACCGAGGGGCUUGAGAACUAUGAAGAAUGGACUGCCGAUUUGAGGAAACUUCAUAUGGGUCCUGCGUUUGCUCAAGGGGCUUUCGGUAAGUUGUAUAAAGGGACAUACAAUGGGGAAGAUGUCGCGAUUAAGAUCCUCGAGAGGCCGGAGAAUAGCCCAGAAAAGGCACAGGCCAUGGAACAGCAGUUUCAGCAGGAGGUAUCAAUGCUUGCAAAUUUGAAACACCUGAACAUCGUGAGAUUCAUCGGAGCUUGUCGUAAGCCAAUGGUGUGGUGCAUCAUAACUGAGUAUGCAAAGGGAGGUUCGGUUAGGCAGUUCCUGACGAAGAGACAGAACCGAGCUGUGCCGUUGAAACUGGCAGUUAAGCAGGCAUUGGAUGUUGCAAGGGGAAUGGCAUAUGUGCACGAGCGUAACUUUAUCCAUCGGGAUUUGAAAUCGGAUAACCUUUUGAUAGCAGCUGAUAAAUCCAUCAAGAUUGCAGAUUUUGGCGUUGCACGAAUCGAGGUCCAGACCGAAGGGAUGACACCAGAGACUGGGACUUACCGAUGGAUGGCCCCGGAAAUGAUCCAGCACAGGCCGUAUACCCAGAAAGUGGAUGUGUAUAGCUUCGGGAUCGUGCUGUGGGAGCUGAUAACGGGUCUGCUCCCAUUCCAGAACAUGACGGCAGUGCAGGCUGCGUUUGCGGUGGUGAACAGGGGUGUACGCCCGACCAUCCCGAGCGACUGCCUCCCGGUUCUGAGCGACAUUAUGAGCCGCUGCUGGGAUUCCAAUCCUGAGGUUCGCCCGUCGUUUGCUGAGAUCGUUAAAAUGCUGGAAGCGGCCGAAACCGAGAUUAUGACGACCGUGAGGAAAGCUCGCUUCAGAUGUUGCAUGAGCCAACCUAUGACUAUUGACUAAAAAACUUACUUCCCAUAAACAGAGAGGAGGAGAAGAAAGAAGAAGAGUAAUAUGAAGAAGGUAAAAAAAAAAAAGAGAGAAAGGGAGCAUGAAAAAAGGAUGCAUUUUUAAGAAAUGAAUUAUAUAUAUAUAUAUAUAUAUAAGUGUGUGUGUAUCUAUCUAUCUAUCUAUAUAUGAAGAAUGUAAUGUGAUUUUGGAUGGAGAUAGUAGGAGGAGGGGAAGUAACACAUUUUAGACCACUACUGAUUUUCUAGAUCUUUUGGGGAGGGGAGAAGAAGAAAACGUACGUGAGGAGUCAUUUGAUGUGUUUGGUAUGUAACUUUUUUUUUUGGGUUCUCUUUAUAGGUUUCCUUUCCACUUAUGUCUA